ACUCUCAGAAUCGGUCGGCCAUAACAAGCUAAUCCCUAACAUUUACAAAUGUUCAUCGAUAGAAACUUGGUAUAAAUAUGGUCGCUCUUUUAUUGUGGUCACUUAGGAAAGGAAGUCAAACAAAUAAUCAAUCAUGUUUACUUUGUUAAUUGUUGUUGCUGCAGCUAUCGGGGCGGUUCUCGCCAACCCACCAGUACCUUUGGUCCACCAUGAAGGAUUUUAUCAUCACGCACCUAAACCUUACAAAUUCGGAUACAGCAUCAAAGACCAUCACGGUGAACAACACAGAGAAGAAUCUGGAACUGGUGGCAACCAUGUUGUAGGCAGUUACGGUUUCACUGAUGCCCGAGGUAUCAAACGACAAGUCAACUACGUCGCUGACCACGGUGGCUUCAGAGCUGAGGUCAAGACCAACGAACCAGGAACAGCCAACCAGAACCCAGCCGCUGUCCACAUGAUCUCUGAUGCCCCAGCAUUCGGACAUCUGUACGGUGGUAUCGCUGGCUAUGGAUUGGGAGGAUACUUUGCCGCCCCCGCUGUUAAAAAACAUGAAGGUUAUGGUUUGGGUUAUGCUGGUUAUGCUGAACCAUAUGCCGCUGGAUAUGGAUAUGGUGCUGGAUACGGGUAUGGUGCUGGAUACGGUGCUCCAUACAAUGGAGGAUACUACGGAGGAUAUGGAUAUGGAUUACUUUGUGAAAUUUAUAAUCCAUUUCUAUAUUCGAGCUCUAUUGCCAUCAGAUAUAUAAAUACAGCAUUUCACUUUCAUUCAAUACAAUCAUAUCGAUUUCAAACAUUCAACAUGAUCGCUCAGGUAUUUCUUUUAGCUGCUGUGGCAACUGUUGCGCUCGCUAACCUACAUGAGCCAGUUCACCAUGCACCCAAACCCUAUAAAUUCGGAUACAGCAUCAAGGACAAACAUGGAGAACAACACAGAGAAGAAUCCGGAACCGGAGGACACGUGACUGGUAGCUACGGAUUCACAGAUGACAGAGGCAUCAAAAGACAAGUCAACUACGUUGCUGACCAUGCUGGAUUCCGAGCACAGGUCAAGACCAACGAACCCGGAACCGCCAACCAAAAUCCAGCUGCCGUUCAACUCAUUUCUGAUGCCCCUUACACCGGUGGUGAAGGAUAUUUGGGUGUCCCUGCAGCAGCAGCCGGUUACGGUCUUGGUGGUCUAGGUUACGGAUAUGGAGGCAUCGGUGCAGGAUAUGGUGUUGGUGGUUUAGGUUACGGUUAUGGAGGUGUUGGAGCAGGUUACGGUGGCCUCGGAUAUGGUGGAGCUUAUGGUGGAUAUGGAAAUCUUGGAUAUGGAGGAGCUUAUGGUGGAUAUGGUGGUUAUGGUUUGGGCAUCUUAGGAGGCUUGGGCUAUGCCAGAUACGGAUAUUAAAUUUUGUAAAAAAACAUAGCAUGAAAAUAAAUUAUUUUGCAAAACAA